AUGGAGGGCAUUGACGAAAGCAGUAUUCAGCUUUUCAAGAACUCCGAAAUUGAGAAACAUACAGAAUUGCAGCCAAUGGCCGAUAACGGGCUCUUAAGAUCAGAGAACUUGAGAUUCCAUAGCGAUAGUGGUAGCGAGCAGUCAUCGGACUACUCAGAGGGUGCAUCCUCUUGUGGUGAAGAUGAUGAGCUUGAAGAGGAAGAUCUCAAUUCCCAGCAACAACCACUGACACGUUCUGAUGAGCAAGCUACUGGAAAAUCAGAGAACACAAACGUCUCGUAUGAAGAUGACAGUUUCAGUAAGGAAACUGAAAGCUCUUCGGCCGAAAGAGGGCGUCCUUCAGCUUGUGUUUUUGUGGCCAGUUUAUCAUCCAACUUGUCGGAUGAUAUCCUUUGCCAAUCGGUGAGCAACCAUUUCAAGCAAUGGGGCACCAUUUCAUUAGUGAAAGUGUUAAGAGAUCCUGCUAACAGGCCAUAUGCUUUCGUUCAGUAUACCAAGGAAGAGGAUGCGAAACGCGCAAUUGUAGAAGGCCAACACUCUUUGUUGAAUGGGAGAACCAUCAGAUGUGAAAAAGCUCGAGUUAACCGCACCCUUUACAUCGAGACUACAAAUAAGGCGUUGCCAGAAUCUUCAAUAAGGUCCUUUUUGGAAAAGUAUGGAGAGAUUGAAAGGUUGGUUUCUGUGGACGAGAAGUCAAAUCUAGUUGAUCUACAUACAGGGUCGCAUUCUUAUUGGUUUUGCAAGUUUGUGUACCGUCAGGAUGCAAUUAGCGCGUAUGCAAAUCUUAAAGUCAAACCAUUUUGGAAUGUUGAAUGGGCGCAAAAUCUUGAAGAUGAAUCAAGUGACACUCCUGAAGUGACAAUUGACAAGUAUUCCAUUUUUGUUGGCCAGCUAGAUCCAAGAAUUAACAGGGAUGAACUUAUUGAAAGAUUCGAGCAACAUGGUAAAAUCAAAGAGGCCAUCUUGGUCAACAGGCCAUUGAAUAACUUUGCUUUUGUAAAAUUUGAAACCAGGAAAGCUGCUGCAUCUGCAGUUGAAAGAGAGAACCAUUCAAUGUUCAAGUUCAAGACCAUACAUGUGCAAUACCGUGAGAUGUACAACAAUUACAAAAACAAAUAUUCAAACGAAAGCGGACCGAAAUUGAAUUUGGCUCCACCACCUGUGAGUUUCAGAAGAAGACAUUGUUACAAUUCAAGCAGCGGCAACAACAACAACAAUCAUAACUUCACGGGAAAUAAGACUAAAAAAGCUCCUACUUUUUACCGGCCGCGGUUUGGUAGCUUCAGUGGUUUUCCCGAACAAGAAAUGCAACCGUUUUCUUCAUUCAAGAGAAAUAAUAUAUCUAACCCGCCACCACUGAGGAGGUUUUCAUUUGGGGAUCACGUUUCACCGGCAGGUUCAUCAGGAAAGGCUUACAAGAAUUCCUAUGAUUUUGUCGGUGCUGGUGCAACUCGCAAAAACACUAACGGUGCCACUAAGGGCACUAAAGCAUCUGGUCCUCAAGCGGAGGAUGCAGAUGCCAUCCUUAGUGACGAGGAACGGCUAUCAAAUAACGGGAUGACAAGAAUUGAAGAGAAUGACGAUGCCACUGUGGGCCGUAAUACCCAUACCGCAUAUUCAUCAACUACCAAUGGAGCUUCCAAAACGACUUAUUCGUACACAUCCGUCGACGUGGACGAGUACUCCCCUAAGUUCCCUCCAGUGCAUCCAAUGGUCGAAUCCCAAACAAUUCCUAAGAUGGGAAGUGCCGGAGGACCUAGCUAUUAUCAGUCACCAGCACCAUACUAUUACCUUGUCCCAACGAAGGACAUUGGCGGUUACAUGGGCAAUACAAUUUCUUCUGGGGUCCACAAUCCAGCAAUCAUGGGAGUUCCUGGAAAUGGUGCUGGAAUCCAGGGAGUUGGGGGACCUCCAGCAACCGGAUAUUAUUACACCUAUGCCCCAUAUGAUCCAAACGCCAGUCCUUCACUCUACCCCUGCUACAUGUACUAUAAUCCAAAUCCGGCCCCUGGCACGCCGACAGAACAAAACCAGGGAUAUUUCUCCGAAACAUACGAUCAGAAGUUUUCAACCGUUUGA